UGAGCUAGCUGUGAGAUGCAGAGCUGUCACCGCACACUGCGACAUGUCAUUCCAGUAGAUUCUUGCGAAUGCAGUACACGUCUAAUGCCGGACCGUCCUGCUGCCACCAUGCCCUGUUUGGACCAAAGCCUCUCUUGAUGCCAUCAGAGGGUGUGAGCUACGAAUUCUACAGGCUGCUGGAGUCUGGUCCGUCUAAAGGAUGGGAAAUAUCAUGCGAGGCGUGAGCCCCAGGGACAAUGUGAGCACUGAAAACCUUGACAGCUCAACAAAGGGUUCCGAGGGCGACAUGGUGGUUGUGCUCCAGGACUACCCUUCCCCUGAAAUCAGCGAGCCAAUCUACAGAAUGGGAGACCAGCUUCGAGUCCUCGCACAAGAGGCUUAUUGGUGGAGGGUUCGCUCUGUCCAAACGGGGAAGGAGAACUACAUACCUAACAGCCAUGUGGCAAAAGUGUACCAUGGCUGGCUGUUUGAAGGGGUGGAGCGCCAGAAGGCCGAAGAGCUGCUCCUUCUACCUGGUAACAGAGUGGGGUCUUUCCUGGUGCGAGAGAGCACAAGAGAAAGAGGCACGUAUUCGCUCUCUGUGAGACAUCGGCACGUAAAGCACUAUCGUAUCUUCAGACUGGACAACAGCUGGUACUACAUCUCCCCACGCCUCACCUUCCAGUGCCUUGAAGACAUGAUCAACCAUUAUUCCGAUUCUGCUGAUGGGUUAUGUUGUGUGCUUACCUCGCCCUGUCUGUCGGCAACAGUCCAGCCACCGGUCGCAAGAACUGAAGCUCCACCUGUGGUCAUGCGACACAACUUUGACUGGAUGAAAGUCGACAGGAACCAGCUGGUAGCCCAAGACAGCUGCAAUGACAGCAUGGUGAGCUACGGCGUCAGGAACAGCAUCGCUGCCUACUUGUCCUUUUCUGCCAAUCAAGUCCCCGCACAGCUGAGAGCGGAGAGCCGGAAGAAGAAGAGUAAAACUGUCUAUGGCCUCCCUGGAAAUGGUCAUGGAAACUUUGACUAUGAGGACAACUUCUAGAGACAGCAGCGUGGUUCAAAGGACUGAAAUAUCUUCGAGAGAGGGCCAGUAGAGACUUUUUUUUUUCCUGCAGUCUACUACACGUUCCUAAUGUCGGCUGAGGGCUGCACUGAGCCGACACUUGCUUUAGUGUCCUGAACAUCGAAGUGUGUUAUAGUUUUCGGUAUGAGCACUUUGAAGUACUUUAACAGUAAAUUACACGAUCACUUACACUUUAACCUGGAUUAUAAACCGGAGCUAUAAGGAGUUGAACUGCAAUUAAACUGUGAUGUGUAGGCUACACUUUGGGCCAAGAAACAAAGCCUGGCAUUAUGAUAGUAACAAGAGGCUUGAAUGCUGUGGGUAGUAUUAAUCUGUAUACUGUAUGAGUAUUAGUGACUUUCAAACUAAUUUCCUGUGUUGUGAAUAAAUAUUGACUGGUUACUGUGGA